UCCACCAGCUUCCUGUAAGUGAGGAUCUCCAAAUCCAGGGCCAGCUUGAUGUUCAUCAGCUCCUGAUACUCUUUCACCAGAUAUCCUCAGCAUUUGGUUUCCAAUGUCUGAAAAGCUUCUCAAAGGAGGAAGCUUUGGAUUGCGUAAAAUCAAGAAAACAAACAAACCAAGAAAACAGACUGCAUCAUGGCCUAUCUUAAAUGUAAGCACAAUUUAUGAAGGAACAGAGGACAUGACAAAGCAUUUCAUGGAAAACAUUGCCCACAGAGCAAAAGGUAGCAAAAACCAGAUGGGACAGGGUGGAGUGCUAACAUCCAGCAAAGGAACCAACCCUGAAGGUGUUUAGAAACAGGUUUGAUAAGGAGUAGGACAGCAAAGACUUGGUCCAAGGGCAAGCAUGUUUCCUGAAGGUUGGCAGCAGAGCCAGGAGGAUAGUUUAGGGAAUACACCAGCUCUUUGGGACACAGAGUCUCUUUUGGGCUAGAUCUGUGACCAGCAGAUUGGUUGACUGGCUGUGCAGGACACCAGGAAUUUUGUGUGAUGGGUGCAGGGUUAUAGGAAUUAUAGGAAUGCUGGUUCUGCUGAGAAUGGAGGAGGUGGUUCUCUUAGAGAAGCCUGAGCUUCCCUGCUCUUCUGUGACACCUCCAGCUCCUCUUACCCAGAUGUGCUCAGAGCAUUUCCAGGCUGGGAAUUAAAUCUUUGAGUGCUACUUCUAUGUCAUGAAAUUGGUAUGGGGAAGGCUGAGACAUUUAGGAAACAGGUGAAAUGGCAUCUCCUAACAGAGAGAUGAUAAUGAAAUCAAGAAUGGCAGCCAUUCCAUGGGCAGAUGGGACAAGGUGGGAAUAGCUUUAAACUGAAAGAGGGGAGGAUGGGAUAGGAUAUAGGGGGAAAUUCUUUACUCAAAAGAGGGUGAGGCCCUGGCAGUGCUGCCCAGAGAAGUGGAGGUGCCCCAUCUCUGAAGGGGCUCAGUGCCAUGGAUGGGACCCCUGGGCAGCUGAUGGAGGGUUGGGAGCAGCCCAGGGCAGGGAGUGGGGCUGGAGGAGGUUUGAAGUCCCUUCCAACCCAAACCACUCUAUGAUUCUAUGCUUGAAUCUGUUCUUUGGCAGUCAGGUGUGCAUCGCUCCAGUUAGAAGUGAGCCUCCUCUGCUGCUUCCUUAACAGAAAGAGGGGCUGUGCCUAGGGGCAGAAAGAGGAACAAGCAUUGGGAAUGCAGCCAGGAGAUUGCUUCGCAGGGCAAAAGGGAUACAUCCUGUCCUGGAGCUGAUCUGGAAUGUCAGAAACAUUUCCCUUGAAUUGUUGCUUUCUCCAAAGAGGGGACAGUGAGGGCACAGAAGGAUCUGACUGUCACACGUCCUACAGUUGGGCACUUCUGAGGUUCCCUUUAGGUUCCCCAUGGUGUUAAACUCACCCUCUCUUUGCCUGUUCUUAUAAGGCUAGGCAGCGUGGCUAGCAAGAUUUACCUGUCUGGUUUUUCUGCUCUAUAGCUGGAAUGUUAGCUGUGUUGCCAGUAACUAUGUACCGAGCUUAAUUACAGCCUGCCACUCUUCCUUCAUCCUCAUUGCAUCUCAGCCCAAUCCCAGUCUGUCCCAGCCUGCCAAAGCAGCUUCAACGCAUUGCCGGGCGCUGACAUAAUCUCUCAUGUGGAGCAAACAACGCUCCUGACUGAAAGGGGAGCAGGCCAAGCCAGCCCGACGCGCUCACCACACGGCUCCAGAGGGACCUGGCAGCCAGGAGGUGACUCACAUGGAGAUGGAGCCUUCUACAAACUCAUCACAGCAUUUAUCUCCUUCAAGGAGCAGAAGCUCUUGAUGCCAUCUAAAUCGCUUCCCCCAGAAGAGACGUCACCUGCAAAGAAUUUACAGAAGGGUUUGGAAGGCAGGAUGGGACAUGCCCCAGUUUGCUUCGCGCUCAGGAAGAUUUCCAGCCCAUCUGCUGCUCACGUAGCUUCCAGGAAAUUUCAGCAUCCCCUCAUGCAAGCAGGGAGGAACAGAGAAGCUUCGAGGAAAUGGGGACCAGCCCUGUCCUUCUGCAUCUCUGCUCUGCUCGGAGGAGCCCAGUGCUUCACAUCCCUCAGCUGUGCUGGUGGCAGGGACACGGGGAGCUGAGGAACAAAAGCUGUGAGCACGGCACUGGGCGCCAGCACAGCUGCCCUCACGUUUAAGGACAGGAGAUACCGCAGGACCCGCAGCAGCCAUGUCCCGCUCCGUCAGCUUCAGCUCUCGCUCCGUGGCCGUCCCAGGGGUCAGCCAGGUGCGGGUCAGCUCCAUCUCCUCUGUCCGUGGAGGCAGUGGCCUUGGCAAGGCAGGGGGCUUUGGCAGCUCCAGCCUCUACAACCUGGGCUCUGCCAACAAGCGGAUCUCCCUCGGAGGCAGCAGCUCCUACAGUGUUCGCUCUGGAUACGGCAUGGGGUUCGGUGGGGCCAUUGCCCCCGGGGUGGGCAUCCAGGAGGUCACUGUCAACCAGAGCCUCCUGACCCCCCUCAACCUGGAGAUCGACCCCAACAUCCAGCGGGUGCGCAAGGAGGAGAAGGAGCAGAUCAAGACCCUCAACAACCGCUUUGCCUCCUUCAUUGACAAGGUCCGGUUCCUGGAGCAACAAAACAAAAUGCUGGAGACCAAAUGGAGUCUGCUCCAGGACCAGAAGACCACCCGGAGUAACAUCGUCCCCAUGUUUGAGGCAUACAUCACCAACCUGAGGAGGCAGCUGGAUGGGUUGUUAAAUGACAAAGGGCGUUUGGAGGGUGAACUGAGGAACAUGCAGGAUCUUGUUGAGGAUUUCAAAGCCAAAUAUGAAGAUGAGAUCAACAAGCGCACGACAGCAGAGAAUGAGUUUGUGGUGCUCAAGAAGGAUGUGGAUGCUGCCUACAUGAACAAAGUGGAGCUGGAGGCCAAGGUGGAUGCGCUGACGGAUGAGAUUAACUUCCUGAGAUCUCUCUACGAAGCGGAGCUUCGUGAGCUGCAGGCCCAGAUCUCUGACACCUCUGUGGUGCUGUCCAUGGAUAACAGCAGAAACCUGGACCUGGACAGCAUCAUUGCGGAGGUCAAAGCACAGUAUGAGGAUAUUGCCAACAGGAGCCGGGCAGAGGCUGAGUCCUGGUACCAGAGCAAGUUCGAAGCGCUGCAGGUCACUGCUGGGAAGCACGGGGAUGAUCUGCGCAACACCAAGAAUGAAAUCACAGAGAUAAACCGUGUGAUCCAGCGGCUGCAGGGCGAGAUUGAAAACGCAAAGGCCCAGCGUGCCAAGCUGGAAGCUGCCAUCGCUGAAGCUGAGGAACGUGGUGAGCUGGCUAUCAAAGAUGCCAGGACAAAGCUGGAGGAGCUGGAGGCUGCUCUGCAAAAGGCAAAGCAGGACAUGGCCCGGCAGCUGCGUGAGUACCAGGAGCUGAUGAACGUCAAGCUGGCCCUGGACAUUGAGAUUGCGACCUACAGGAAGCUGCUGGAGGGCGAGGAGAGCAGGUUGGCUGGCGAUGGGGUUGGCAGCGUCAACAUCUCCAUGGUCACCUCCAGCGGUGGUGGAUCCAGUGGAUUCCUGGGAGGAGGGGUCCGUGGAGGCCUUGCCCUGGGAGCAGGGAUGGGCAGCGGAGCACUCGGCUUCUCCUCGGGGGGCUCCAGCAAAUCCUACACCGUCACCACGACCUCAUCCACCAGAAGCUUCAGGAAGUAAAGGCAGGAACGGAACCCAGCGGUACCCACGACACGGGAGGAGGGAAAACACAGAAAGAGAAGUUUGGUUGCCUUUCGUAGGACAAAUUGGCUGCAAAAUUUCUGCAGUGAUGAAUGAAUUGGAAUAAGAUAUACCAGAGUAUAUACUUGACCCUGCUGCGUCACACCUAAGGCUUGAUCCUGUACUGUUGAACUCAGUGGGAGCCAUCCCACUGAGAGCAGGGUCAAGCCUGUAGGGUGAAAUUCCUCCGGGGAAGCAGGCAGGUUAAUGCUUUUGUUACUUGUAUGCUUGGUACCCCUGCUCAGGGCUGGCUUUCACCCUUUGAAGGGCAAAGCAAUCAUUGUGGCAAGCUUUUCCACAUUUCUGCUGUGGUUUUACAAAAGAGACCAGAAGAUUAUCUCCCUCUGAAUAUGAUUUGGAAGACUUCAUUCCCUUGGGCUGCUCAGAAAGUGCCAGCCCUGAUUGAGAUUUCAGUCAGGGGUUGUUUUUUUUAAAUAUACCAGGAAGAAAAUGGUGAAACUGCUUUGGGUUUCUCCUUAUGUUCUUUAGAAAUUGGCUCAGAAAUGGAAUUGGACAAUUCUGGUCUGAUGGAAGCUAAUUUCUUACUGAAGGCAAGCAGACAGAUCUCCUUUAUAGGCUCUGUAUAACAAAAUAACUCACAAAUUCACCCAUUCUGUCUUCUUAACAGAAGCCCAAAGCCUAAAGGGUAUGGAAAUUGCUUAAAAUUACAAGCAGCACACUGAAAUGGGAGAUAACACUCCCCAUCCUUGGGUGCCUCUGUUUACUACCCUAUGUUCUAGAGCAUUACUAGUGAUAUCCAGGGUCUCUCCUACCAUUGGGGAAAAAGCGUGUUUUGUUGAUGCUUCAUUACAAUAACUCCUUGUUCCUGCCAAAAUGAGUCUUCAACCUAAACACGUCGGGGAAAUAGUUUGUUACUGCGGUAGGAAGAAUUUUUAAAUAAACAAGUCAAAGAAACUGCAUGGAAUUGUUGCAUUGCGUGCUCUGCCGUGUCCUAACAGCGUAUCUCUGGUUGAUGUUUUAUACCUUUGUGGUCUGGGAGUUUGCUAUGAGGCCAUUAAUAAAGUUGCCCUGCUGUGUGCUUCUUCA